ACACAAACAUACGAGUGCUCUCACUGAAACCGUCCGAUCGACUCACACGUCAUCGAUCCGUGUCAGUUCGUCUUUCAACGGCUGAGAUUAGGUUGCAGAGUUACCUGGUAGAACGAGCGAAGAAGCUCCUGUCUACUGGUCUCUCACCUCCCCUGUUUUUUUUCGAAUUUUGAUUUUAAUUUUUUUCGCCAAUUUUGGGUGAAAAAAUUUCCCGAGAAAAUUUUGACAUGAAGAUCAUGGAUGAAGAGAGGGAAUUCGAGGAGGAGAAGGAAAUUAGGGUUUUGAAUGGGAAGAUGAAUGGAGAUGGGGUAGACGACGAAGACGACGGCGGGGAGGAGGCUGAGAAAAACAACGUCGUGGAAGAGGGCGAGGAGGAAGAUGGUGAUGAGGACGAUGACGAUGAUGAUGACGACGACGACGAUGACGACGACGACGAUGAGGAUGAUGAUGAUGAUGUGCAGGAGGUUCUUCAGUCGUCCGGUGGUCCUCCGGUUCAAUCGGUAGACGACGACGAAGAUGAGGACGAGGGCGAUGAGGAGGAAGAUGAAGAUGGCGAGGGUGAUGGUGAUGACGACGACGACGACGACGAUGAAGAAGACGAGGAAAACGAAGAAGAGGAGGACAUGGGAACUGAAUACCUAGUCCGACCAGUAGGUCGUGCUGAAGAUGAGGAAGAUGCAAGUGAUUUUGAACCAGAAGAGAAUGGCGAGGAGGAAGAUUUUGAGGAUGAUGACGAGGAUGAUGAUGAAGGCAGUGGGAAGAAGGUUGAGGCUCCAGCAAAGAGGAAGAGGUCAGAUAAGGAUGAUUCUGGCGAUGAUGAUGGUGGAGAGGAUGAUGAGAGACCAUCCAAGCGAUAGGGUCUGGCCCCAGGGGUUGAGGACUGACCAUUGACGUGUAGAUGGCAUACGUGAAUCAAAUAAGGGACGGUGAAGAGCAUUUCUCUCAUGAAAAGAACGGUGGAUGAUUACGCUUUAUCAACAAAGCCCCAGUGCCCCCACCCAACUUUCAGAGAAAGAAAAAGUAAAAGAAUGAAUUGAAAAUUGAAGGAUGGUUUGGAAAGAACAAAGAAUCGGUGCCUACAUCUGGGCUUGGAAGAGACCAAGCUGGCCCACAGCAUAUGACGAUGUGAAAGAGAUUUGCCAACCGGGCAACCCUAUCGCUUCCAAUUUUUCUCUGUCCUCACCAGCGACACCGACACCGACAUAGACAUCUGGCCUAAAUUAUAAUUCGAAAGUUCCCUUGGGAUGCCCCUGCCAAUACCAAUGCUACCGUAUUGCAUUGGCCCAAACUGGCCCAACCUGACGCCCGAUUUGUCAAAAUCUCUGCCUGGGCGUCAAACUUGAAAUCUCCUCAAUUUCAAACUUGUAAUACUAAUACUGAAACGGUGAUGUGAUUUGUAUCUCAUUUUGUUCUAAUGGCUUCGUCCCAAGAACAAUGAGUUGAUAGGCAUAUAUAUGUUGUCAGAAGGCAACAUGUGCGUGCAAUACGAAAUCAAAACUUCAACUGCUC